CUGUGAGAGUCAGCCGUCCACUUUGACGGGAAAAUGUCAGAAAACUUGGUGUUUUAUUCAGAAACAAAGUCCAUCAUGGAGACAGCCGUGAAGACCGCGGCUGAUGUCAUCGGGAAUUCAAAGGAAGAAGGUUCACUGAGGAAGUUAAGCGUGAGGCGGCAGCCAGAUUUCGACAACAUAGUGGAGAUGUUGGCACGGGAGGCGACGAGAAAGAUCGACACCGUUUUCUCCCAACUGUCCUCGAUGCUGCGCAACGAAAACAAGACCCUGAAGGCCAGAGUGGGACAGCUGGAGGACGAGCUGAAGACGAUGACUGAAAACUUUGAAGAUGCCAGAAUGUGGAGAGAAAACGUCCUGAGCGGCUGCCCGGUCCUGUUCGAGCAGAGCGGCCUGAUCUUCACCCUGAAGCCGUUCGGGAAGUUGAAAAGAAAGACGGAUAAAUUAACGGAGGGAGUCGAGGAAUCAUCGCCUGCUGCUGGGAUGCAGAGACGACAUGAUGCUGAUGGUGGAGAAGCAACGAAGGAGGUGAACUCUGAAGCUCAGUCACCAGCCAGUAGACAAGACGCUGCACAGGAUUAUACCACAACAACCACAGAAGAGUCUGAACACCCCGACGGCCAAAGCGCUCAGGAAGCAGCCGGCAGGAAGAAAGGGAAGGUGUUCGUAUGCAACGUCUGUAACAAGAGCUUCAGCCGGCAGUUUCAUCUGCUGAAGCAUGCGAACACUCACAAAGAGCAGCGGCCGUUCGCCUGCGACCAGUGCCCGAGAAGAUUCAGGAAUACGGUGACUUUCGAGCACCACCUGCUGCGACACGAGGAGAGGAAGCACGCCACCUUCAAGUGCCAGCUGUGCGAGAAGAAGUUCAAAACAAAAAUGCACCUGAAGACUCAUCAGCUUGUGCACACGGACACGCGUCCGUUCGUCUGCUCCACCUGCGGGAAGGGCUUCAAAACGAAACACAACCUGCAGGCUCAUCAGGUCGUUCACACGGUGGAGAAGCUGCACAAGUGCUCCGAGUGCGGGGAGAGUUUCAGGUAUGCGUUCACGCUGCAGUGCCACCGCAGCGUUCACACCGGUGAACAUCCGUACAAAUGCACGGUGUGUGGAAAAGCUUUCAUAAAGAGGAGAUCGCUCAGGACGCACCAGUCCGUCCACAGGGGGAAAAUGUUCACGUGUGAGACGUGUGGAGCAGGUUUCACCCUUCAGCACAACCUGAAGCGACACAUUCGCAUUCACACGGGCGAAAAGCCGUUCAAGUGUAAGGUCUGCGGGAAGAGUUUCGUUCAGCACAACAAGCUGAAGGCUCAUAUGCUUCUUCACGGCGACUCCAAGCCAUUCAUGUGUGACCUGUGUGGAAAGACUUUCCUCUACAACUGCCAGCUGCAGAAACACCAGAAGGUGACUCACGACGAAAGACACGGGCGGGUCAUCAGGAGACAAACCCGAGAGCGAGGUAACCGCAGAGUCAUCUACCGACGGGACCGAACGACCGUGGACAUGACGCCGUUCAGCUGCAGGACCUGCCGCAAGGGCUUUGACACGGCGAGUUCACUGAAGAGACACGAGCUCAUUCACACCGGUCACAUGCAGUACAGCUGUGACACAUGUGGGAAAUCUUUUUUCUACAAAGCCACGUACGACUACCAUCAGCGGAUCCAUUCGGGGGAACGGCCGUUCGCUUGUGACGUCUGCGGCAAGAGGUUCAUCAUCCUUCAGGCCCUCAAGUCCCACAAACUGCAGCACUCUGGAGAGAAACCGCAUGAAUGCGAGCAGUGCGGCAAAGCCUUCAGGAUCUACACCAACUACCUCAGACACUUACGGAUCCACACGGGGGAGAAGCCCUACGAGUGUGAGGUGUGUGGUGUGAGGUUCAGGCAGCUCGGACACGUAAAGUUCCACAUGCAGGUCCACACAGGAGAGAGACCCUAUUCCUGUAGCAGCUGUGGGCUUGGAUUUUCAGACUCACGGCUGCUCAAGAAACACAACUGUACCGAGAAACAGCAGAAAAUGUUAGGAAACACGCUGACUACGUCCUGAAACUGAGCGACUGGUGAUGAGAUGCAGCUGUGAUGGUGGUAUUUCCUGUCAGGACAAACACACAGUCCUGAAAUCUGUUCAGAAACCGCCGUUGUUAGCUGAACUACGUGACUGUCAGAGGGGAUUUUCUGAUUCAUUGUGCUUGAAAAAAACACUUGCUUUGAAAGCUAAAUUCUGACCGGUGUUUUAAAGGAUUAACAGGCUUCUUGUUGUUUUAAAAUUGUUUCUAGAGUUUCAGUCUGUGUCAAAACUUGAAAUGUGUAAUUGCAAACACUGAAGUCUGUUCUGCUAAAGAUAAACAAAAUACUGAAUUUGAAUAAAAGUUAAAAUUAUGAUUCUUGAGUCAUUAUUCUAAAAAAGGAUGACUUUGACGACGUUCCUCUCCAUUAAAUACAGGUAACUUCUCCUAAACACAUCAAAUACUGUAUGUUAGUUUAUUUUAUUCUAGUAUCUUUAUUUUAUUUUAUAAUCUUUCUUUCAA